GGAGACGGCUCCAAGAUGGCGGCGGGCUGCUGCGGGGUGAAGAAGCAGAAGCUCUCCAGCUCCCCUCCGUCGGGCUCGGCCGGCCCGGGCGGCGGAGGGGGGGGCUCCCGCUGCGGCGAGCCGGGGGCGCUGCCGGCGGGGGCGGCCGGGGGCGGCCCGCGCCUCAACGGCCUCGGGGGGCUGGCGGGGGGUUCCCCCGGCUGCGCCCUCUCGCCGCCGCCGCGCCCGCCCGGCUGCGGAGGGGCCCCCGGCGCCGGCCUCUCGGGCCCCGCCGCGCUCCUGGGCUCCCCCGGCGCCGGGCCCGGCGGCUGCAGGAAGAUGGUAGUGUCGGCCGAGAUGUGCUGCUUCUGCUUCGACGUGCUCUACUGUCACCUCUACGGCUACCAGCCCCCGCGGAGCCCCCGCUUCACCAACGACCCCUACCCGCUCUUCGUAACGUGGAAGAUUGGUCGAGAUAAAAGGUUACGUGGAUGUAUAGGUACCUUUUCUGCCAUGAACCUGCAUUCAGGACUCAGGGAGUACACACUUACUAGUGCCCUUAAAGAUAGCAGAUUUCCCCCAAUGACGAGGGAUGAACUGCCACGGCUUUUCUGCUCAGUGUCUCUGCUUACUAAUUUUGAAGAUGUCUGUGAUUAUUUGGAUUGGGAGGUGGGUGUACAUGGCAUUAGAAUAGAAUUCAUCAACGAAAAAGGAUCAAAACGCACGGCCACCUACUUACCCGAGGUUGCAAAGGAGCAAGGCUGGGACCAUAUUCAGACUAUAGAUUCCUUAUUGAGGAAAGGAGGUUAUAAGGCUCCAAUCACAAACGAUUUCAGGAAAACAAUAAAACUGACCAGGUAUCGUAGUGAGAAGAUGACCGUCAGCUACACAGAAUACCUUGCCCACCGACAGCAUCACCACUUCCAAAACGGCAUCGGGCACCCCUCCCCCCCCUACAACCAUUAUUCCUGACACUGAGCCGUAUGACCAGUCUCUGGACUUUUCUGCAAACCUCUUCCCAGGAGAACCCCCUCCUUCUUGGUCUAGCUAUCUCUAUUACUGUA